AUGGAGCACCCUGGGCCAUGGGGGAUCAGGACUUACCCGGCGUUUUGGUGUCUGGAUUGGAAGGACCUCAUGGUAUAUGUGAGGAUCACAUUGGAGAUCUGCAGAAACACUUUACUCUCAUUACUCUGCAAGAAUUUUUGGAAAAUAACACACGAUUCGGUCCAAAGGUCCAAGCUGUAUACAUCUGGGGCGGAAAGCCAGCCGUUACCCAGGAGCUCCUGCAGAGUCUGCCCUCCUUGAAGAUAAUUGCCAGUGCAGGAGCAGGUCUAGAUCACCUGGACCUGAAGCUCAUUGCCAGCUGUGGUGUGAAGGUGGCCAACACACCACAGGCGGUUUCCAGUCCCACAGCAGACAUGGGGAUGGCCUUACUGCUGGCCGCAGCUCGCAGAGUCGUGGAAGGUCAUAGGUUGGCUAUUGCACCGGAUACAGAGAACUUUUCUACAAACUGGAUGGGUCAGGAAGUUACAGGGGCCACUCUGGGAAUCAUCGGCAUGGGCAGCAUUGGCUAUAAGAUUGCUCAGAGGGCCAGAGCAUUCGAAAUGAAGAUUCUGUAUCACAAUAGGAAACGCAGGAAAUUAGAGGAGGAGGAGGCUGUUGGAGCCACUUACUGUGAGAGUCUGGAUGACCUGCUUCAGCGAUCGGACUUUGUGCUGUUGGCCGUGAGCCUGACGCCCCAGACCCAGAGGCUGAUUGGGAAGAGGGAGCUGAAUCUGAUGAAGCCCACUGCCAUUCUCGUCAACAUCGGCAGAGGUCUAUUAGUCGAUCAGGACGCCCUGGUGCAGGCUCUUCAGACUGGGGUUAUUAAAGGAGCAGCACUGGACGUGACGCACCCGGAGCCCUUGCCCAGAGAUCAUCCUUUAUUGAAGUUGGAGAACGUCACUCUGACACCUCACGCUGGGAGUGCUACUCAUCAAGCCAGGAGACAGAUGAUGGAAAAUUUGGUUGCAAGCAUCCUGGCUUCUCUCCAUGGCCUUCCCAUUCCUAAUGAAGUGCGACUUAACUGGGAUAAUUCCGUGGCAUGACACGUGGCAGAUUAAAUG